AAAUUCAUGUGUUACUAAAUUUUAUUUGGACCUUUCAAAAUUCAAUUCAAGUGUAACUGAAGCCCAGAAAUCAAUCACACACGCACACACACAACAAUAAAAAAAAUAAUAAUAAGUUCACAAAAUAUAAAGCGAAUAGAAGUUACGGCCAAAUAAUAGUAGGAUGCUUUUCCUGCGCUCUCGUGUAGAAUACACAAAGGAGCAACUGUUCAAAAUCGAGCAAUUGCGUCAGCUGGUUCAGAAAUCCAGUGAGCUAGACGUCGGCACCGAUGACACAUUCCUAACCAAAUUUCUACACUACACGCAUUGGGAUUCGGUUAAAGCAUAUCAGGCUAUACACGCCUACUAUGAUUUCAAGCACAAACAUCCCACAUGGAUGGCCCAGCAUCCCAUUGAGUAUUAUCGGAAGCUAUUCUAUGCCACCCAUUGUCGCUUUGUGAUGCCACGUACGGAUAAAAACGGACGCGUCCUCGUCAUAUUCAAGACCGUGGAUGCCUUCCAACAAUUUCCAGACUACUUGCAGGGAUUAAUCGAAAUGGACGAUCUAAUAUUUGAAUCGCUCCUGAUGUUACCGCGUGUCCAGCAAAAUGGCAUCACAGUCAUUUGUGAUCUACAAGGCACCACGCGCAAUUUUUUGCGCCAAUUCUCCCCCCAAUUCAUGAAGGUAGUGAACGACAAAAAUGGGGUUCUGCCCUUCACACAGCGCAUUGUGCAUAUAAUACAACGUGGAUUCCUAAUGCAUGUGACCUCGUCGCUGUUUUUGCCUUUCAUGAACAAGGAAUUCAAAGAACGCAUUUUCACACACGAUGGCAAACAUUUGAGCAAACUACGCGAGAUGGUUGGCUAUGAGAGUUUGCCCGCCGAAUAUGGUGGGCCAGCAGAUAAUGUGCUGGAUACAAAUUUGAUAUUUAAUCACUUGAGUCAAAGUGCUGAUUAUCUGGAAAAACUGCAACACUAUAAGAAACGUAUAGUAUAAAUAUUGUUAUAAAAUAAACUAGUAAGCUCUCCACUCCAAUAAAACAAAUAUUUUAAUUUUAAAA